UUUAAAAUGGAUAGUAAAACUUUGAUCUUAUCCACCAUUUUAGGCCUCGCUUCCUUCUCAAGCAUUGUCUUCGCCUAUGAUCCAAGACCUUUACAAGAUUUCUGCGUUGCAGAUCUCAUAAGCACAGUAAGAAUCAAUGGAUUGCCAUGUUUGGAUCCUGCAACGGUGAAAGCCGACGACUUUUUCUUCCGUGGGCUGGCGCAGCCCGGUAACACGUCAAACCCUGCUGGCGCGGCUGUGACACCCGUUGGCGUGAGCCAGAUUCCUGGGCUCAACACCCUCGGGCUAGCCAUAGCCCGCCUUGAUUACGAGGCGGGCGGGUUUUUCCCGCCUCACUACCACCCCAGGGGGAGCGAGAUUCACACAGUUCUAGAAGGUUCCAUGGAAGUCGGAUUCGUCACAUCCGCCCCCGGUUUCAAAUUCUACAGUAAGGUUCUAGAGAAGGGCGAUGUGUUCGUCGUCCCCGUAGGCCUCGUCCAUUAUCAGAGAAACGUCGGCGCUGGAAAAACCGUCUCGAUUGCGACGUUCAAUAGCCAGAACCCGGGCAAUAGUGUCAUCCCGAACGCCCUCUUCGGUUCGAAUCCCGACAUCGACAGCGAUUAUCUGGCCAAGUCGUUCGCCUUGGAUAAGGAAACCGUGGAAAGGCUGCAGGCAGUGUUCUAGAAUAUGUUUGCAGUCAUACCAUACCAUGCCUUGAAUUCAUUUUCGUUACUUAUUUGUGAAAUGCAACCAAAAUGUAUUUUUAGUACAAUGUCCCUAUGUCAUAAUGUUUUUUUCAUUUUUAUUUAAAUAAUAAAAUCGAUUCGAAUUAUAUUGGUUUGGUUA